GUUUUUGCUUGUUACUCAAAACAGCUUCCUGGAGGUUGACGUGGACGUUGAUAAUGGCAGAGACUAAAGCAGAGCUGUCAAUUGAUGCUUCAAACCUUAACACCUCUAACAACAGCGGGAAUGCGUCCUCACAGCCCAACAACCCUCUAUCCAGAAAACUCAACAAGAUCCUGGAGACCAGGUUGGACAAUGAUAAGGAGAUGCUGGAAGCGUUGAAAUCUCUCUCUGUGUUUUUCACUGAGAACAGCCUGAGAACCAGGAGGAACCUCCGAGGAGACAUAGAGAGACGCAGCCUUUCCAUCAAUGAAGAGUUUGUACGGAUAUUUCAAGAAGUGACAGAGGAACUAGAGAGCGUUCAUGAAGAUGUUCAGGCCAUGAGCUCCUGCUGUGAAGAAAUGACCAACAGGUUGAAGGCAGCCAAAGAACAAACCCAGGAUUUGAUUGUGAAAACCAACAAACUUCAAGGAGAGAAUCAACGGUUGGAGGUUCGAGCUCAGGUGGCCCAGGCAUUCCUGUCAAAGUUCCAGCUGUCUGCCACUGAAAUGGCAACAUUACGUUCUGCACGAGAUGGUCCCAUCACUGAGGACUUCUUCACAGCACUGAACCGUGUGAAGAACAUCCAUGAAGAUGUGAAGGUCUUACUGAGGACUAACCAGCAAACGGCAGGGCUGGAGAUCAUGGAGCAGAUGGCUGUGUUACAGGAGACCGCAUACGAGCAGCUCUAUCGCUGGGCUCAGAAUGAGUGCAGAGGGUUGACUCAGGAAACAUGUGAUAUUUCUCCAGUGUUGAGUCAAGCUAUGGAAUCUCUCCAGGAUCGUCCUGUUCUUUAUAAGUACACACUGGAUGAGUUUGGAACAGCUCGGCGGUCAGCUGUUGUCCGAGGCUUUAUCGACGCCCUGACCCGCGGAGGAACGGGUGGCACCCCAAGACCCAUAGAAAUGCACUCUCAUGAUCCAAUGAGGUAUGUUGGGGACAUGUUGGCCUGGCUCCACCAAGCCACAGCCUCGGAGAAGGAGCACAUGGAAGCCUUGCUCAAGCAAGUUACAGUGCAAGGGGUUGAAGAAAACAUGCAGGAAGUAGUUGGCCACAUCACUGAAGGAGUGUGCAGACCACUCAAGGUGCGAAUUGAGCAAGUGAUUAUUGCAGAGCCAGGUGCUGUUCUUCUGUAUAAACUUUCCAACCUGCUCAAGUUCUACCAUCACACCAUCAGUGGUAUCAUGGGUACCAGUGUUUCCUCUCUGUUGAUGACCAUUGAUGAGAUGCACAUGCUCAGUAAGAAGAUGUUCUUCAACAGCCUUGGUCUUCACGCCAGUCGCCUCAUGGAUAAAGUAGAACUUCCACCUCCUGAUCUGGGUCCCACUGCCUCCCUUACUCAGACUCUGUCUCUCCUUAGGGAGGUUUUGGCCUCCCAUGAUUCAUCAGUUCUGCCCCUUGAUGCCCGUCAGGCUGACUUUGCACAGGUAUUGUCCUGCAUCCUUGACCCAUUGCUGCAGCUGUGCACAGUAUCAGCCAGUAACCUGGGCACAGCAGAUAUGGCCACCUACAUGGUGAACUCCCUAUACAUGAUGAAGACCACAUUAGCGCUCUUUGAGUUCACAGACAAACGCUUAGAAAUGCUUGAGUUUCAGAUUGAGGCUCACUUGGACACUCUAAUCAAUGAGCAGGCAUCUUUCGUGCUGACCAGAGCUGGGCUUAGCCACAUUUACAGUUGUGUCCAGCAGUACACUGCAGAGCAGGGUCCCUUGGCCAAUCUGCCUGGAAUGGACAGCACAUCCUUAAAAACAGCCAUGGUCCAGUUUGACCGUUAUUUGGCCUCUCCUGAUACGCUUGUGAUGCCACAACUCAACUUCCUGCUCAGUGCUGCUAUCAAGGAGCAGAUCUUCAAACAGUCCACAGAGCUGGUGUGCCGUGCAUAUGGAGAGGUGUACAAAUGUGUCACCAACCCUACAAAUGCCUAUAAAGAUGCAGAGCCUGUCCUGCACAGAACCCCACAGCAGGUACAAACCCUGCUGUCCUGAAAUGUGCCGCACACACCCUACAAACUGUGACGCACGGAUUUGGCUUCCGGAUUCAGUGUUCUGAGACUGACACUGGAUUCUAGCCACAAGACAAGACCAUAUUCAAAUACUCGUCUGGUGAUGGGGAGGGGUUUAUCAUUGUUAAUCGUUAAUUAUGUUAAAACAAAGACACUCCAUUGAUAAUGAGUAUGUACAGAAAAAUUAUCUUUCUAGAUUUCUCAAAUGUUGCUCUGAGGACGCUGCUGUUUCCCAGAGGAGAGGAGAGGACAGCCCACACUGAGAAAAAAAUAUUUGUUUUUCCAUGCCAUGUGAAUGGAGAGCUCCACUUGCAGGCUCAGGGACGCAAACUAUAGACCAUUUCAUUGCCACAAACAGAUUCACAUGCACUGAAAUAUACAUAAAGUAAUUUCAUUAUAUACACGGGGGCUUUUUUCGUUCACCACCACAGACGCCUGAUAUGACUCAGCAUCAGUAUGUAAUCAGAAACAGCUCUGUCUUUCUUCCCUUUAAAUAAUGUUUGUUUGUUUGUUUUUAAACUGCAUUAUAAUACACACUUAAAAGUUCA